AUGAUAAAAUCAUUUGGUUAUCUAGUAUGUGGAGCUGUUAUGAUUCCAUCAAUCACAUUGGCUGGCUCUACUGUGUAUCUUUAUCCUGAAUUUCGAACCAAUCCGACAUAAUUUUGGCUUGCAUUUUAAAGAGUUUAUAGAGUUGUAAAAGCUGGCACUAAUAUGGCUUUAGCAUACCUAACACAGCCAGAUCAACCUAUGGAUGAUAAGCAUUAUUAUGGAGCCCUUUAAUUGAGGUCAGCCUUCUAGUAGAAUAAAGGUUUGUACAUCAAAUUCGGAUAGAUAUUAGGAUCACUUGACAUCAUUAUACCCGAGCCAUAUAGGGCAACAUUUGAAGUUAUGUGCACUUAGAAUAUUGAAACACCCUUCGAAGAUAUUGAGAGAUAAAUACAUCUUUCAACAGGUAAAAAUAUAGAGGAUUUAUUUUAAUCUUUCAUAAAAAAGCCUAUCUCAUCUGCAUCAAUAGCAUAAGUGCAUUAAGCAUUUUUGAAGGAUGGCAGAGAAGUUGCUGUAAAAAUAUAGCAUCCUUGGUUGAAAGAGUAAAUAGAUGGAGAUGUUAAACUAAUUAGUUUGUUUACAGACGUAGCUGAGUUUAUCUUUAAAGGUUUUAAAUACAAAUGGUUGGCUGAGGAAUUGUAAGUGAAUUUACCAAAAGAGCUUGAUUUUCAUGGAGAAAUCAAUAAUGCUAAAAGAAUUAAAGAAAUUCUUAAACCAUUUCCUGAUAUCUAUAUUCCAAAAGUUUAUGAGGAAUAUUGCAAUGACAGGGUGAUUGUAAUGGAGUUCAUUCAUGGCACUCCUCUGUCUGAUAUUCUGAGAGAAAAAGAGAAACACGAUUUCAAUUACCCUAAAAUAGCUCACACUAUUUCAACUGCAUUUGCUCAUUAGAUAUUCAAACACGGAUUUGUACAUUCAGAUCCUCACAAAGGUAACAUUAUGGUUAGAAAAUUAAAUGGAAAACAACAAGUAGUCUUAUUAGAUCAUGGUCUCUACACAAAUUUAAAUGAAAAAACAAAACUCAGUUACUCUUUGUUAUGGCAAGGCAUUUUAGAAAUGAAUUUAGAUUACAUAAAAUAAGCAACCACUGAUUUAGGUGCCGCUUAAAAUUAUAAAUUAUUUGCUUCUAUGGUUACAAGCAAAAGAUUUUCAGAUUUGAUGAAUACUUCUAUGAAUAUGUCGGACAGAUUAAAAAGACCCAAAGAUUAAGAUGAAAUUGCUAUAUUGAUUUAAAAGGCAGCCAAAAAACAUAAAUAGAUAACAAUAAUCUUAAAUUAGAUUGAUAGGUAAUUGUAUAAUGUUUAAAGUAGAAAACUAUUGAUGUUAUUCAAAAUUAAUGACUUCCUAAAAAAUAUUGAAUUCAGAUUAGGAAAUCCAAUUGAUAGCUGUUAAAUCACAUAUAAUUAUGUAUCUAUGGUGAAUUAUGAAGAUAAAAUUAAAAAGCAAAAUUUUCUUAGAAGAAUGAUGUAUAAAUUCCGGCUCAUGUUGCAUAAAGUAAAAUUUGAAAUUUUAAGUAUUGUUAUGAGUAUUAUUAUGUGA